AUUACCAACAGGAAGUAUCCUAAGCUAAAGGAGGUGGAUGAUGUUCUAGGUGGAGCAGCUGCUUGGGAGAAUGUUGACUCUACAGCUGAGCCAUGCCCUAAAUGCUCCCACCCUAGAGCGUACUUUAUGCAGAUACAGACACGGUCGGCCGAUGAACCGAUGACGACAUUCUACAAGUGUUGUGACCCGCAUUGUGGCCACAGGUGGAGAGAGUAGGCAGUGGAAGAACAGUACCAGGGGAAGAUGGUCAUAAUCACGUGUAUUAUUGCCGCACUUAUUAACUGACCAGUGGUAUUAAACGUGUUGAAUACUUUGUAUCAUUAUUGGUCAUAUUUCAUACUGUGAGUGUACAAGAGAGAAGUCAUCAUUCCCCGUUGGGAGAGGAUCAAGUACACAGUGAGAGAGAGAGUCUUAGUGUCGUAUAAGACAACAUGAAGUUGAAAGAGCUCGAAGGCGCUCUGCAGGAGCUGGAACUCUUCCGAUCACCGAAACUGCUGCUCGAGCAAUACCCCACACGGCCUCACAUCGCUGCCUGCAUGCUGCACACCAUCGACAAUCGCUACGGCGACAUCGAAGGCAAACUUGUCGCCGACCUCGGCUGUGGUUGUGGGGUGCUAACCAUCGGAACUGUGCUGCUUGGAGCCGGUCUAUCUGUUGGUUUCGACAUUGACGACGAGGCUCUGGAGAUAUGUGCUCAGAACUGUGUCGAAUUUGAAAGUGGCAAUAUAGAGCUGAUACAAUGCGAUGUCACUCAGUUCGAGGACGAAGGUUCGACGUGGAGUAACAAGUUUGACACGGUCAUCAUGAAUCCGCCAUUCGGAACAAAGCAUAAUAAAGGCAUGGACGUACUGUUCCUCAAACAUGGCUUGUCUAUGGCGAAGACAGCUGUCUACUCUUUACAUAAGACUUCGACGAGAGCACACAUGAAGAAAAAGGCUGCAGAGUGGAAGGUUGACAUGGAGGUUAUUGCUGAGCUCAGAUUUGACCUGCCCAAAUCUUACAAGUUCCACAAGAAAGGUUCUGUGGAUAUCGAAGUAGAUUUCAUUCGAUUCGCACACAAAUAAUGUUACUGUUGCAAAAGUAUUUAACACUUCAUUAAAUUUUUAUGGACAUGUGUAACAUUUUUGUUUGUAAUGCAUUGUACAUUUUGUUCAAUUCACUAAACCAUCUUCUAAUUCAAGCACAUGUGUAAGCAGUUGCAUGCGCCACUGCAGAAUUUGGAUGGGUAUACCCCAUUACAGAUGGUCUUCUAUGUGCAUUUGCUGGUUGGGUAUUUGAAUGUUGAGGGAAGGGGGUAAACCAGUGGUCCUCCUGAGACUGCUUUAAAUUUGCAUGCCUGAUUACAUAAUAUCAGGUAAUAUUACAUAUAUGAUUACAUUAUAUUAAAUAUAUGAUUACAUUAUAUUACA